AUGCCAACGGCCGUCAUCGUGGAAGGUUGUGUUACGUUGGUGUGAUAUUUUUUUUAAAAGUUAUUUUUCGUACUCAUCGUUUUUUUAAUAGCUGAUUUGCGUGAACAGCGCGCGGCUGUCAAGUUUUGCUUCCUGCUCGGGAAAACAGGCACAGAAACCCUUGAGAUGUUGAAAACAGCUUACAAAGGUGAUGCUUUAGGGAAAACUCAAGUAUUUGAGUGGUUUUCCCGUUACAAAAGUAGUGAAAUGUCGAUAGACGACCAAGCUCGCUCUGGUUGUCCUUCGACGGCGCGAACCGACGAAAAUGUAGAAAAAAAUUCACAAAAUUAUCCUGGAAGAUCGACGGCAAACCAUCGAAGAAGUAGUGGAGAGAUCUGGUAUGACAUGGAGUUCAGUUCAGAGAAUUUUAAGUGA